GCGAAUGCUGACAAAAUCAGAGCUAGUGCUGUCGCUGGUACAUCAGCUUCCUCCUCACAAUGUUCCAGGGCAAGAUCUUUAGAGAUGGAGAGGAUGGAGAAGUUACUGGCACAAUGGAUUCAACACCAGAACAAGGAGAAUGUCCCUCUCAGCAUGGCUAUUAUACAGGCUAAAGCCUUGAGCAUUCACAAUGAUCAGGUAGACGAGGAGGAGAAAGACAAAGUCAAGAACUUUAAUGCAAGUGCUGGAUGGUUCGCCAGGUUCAAAAAACGAUAUGGCUUUCACAAUCUCAAGAUGACUGGGGAAGCAGCCUCUGCCGAUGUAGAAGCAGCCAAGACAUAUCCAGAUACCCUCAAGAUGAUCAUCGAGGAAGGUGGCUACACAUCUAAGCAGAUUUUUAAUGUAGACGAAACUGGUCUAUAUUGGAAGAAACUGCCUAACCGGACUUACAUCUCGGUUGAAGAGACGACAGCACCUGGAUUCAAGGUCUCCAAGGAUCGACUCACUCUAUUGUUUGGUGCCAAUGCAGAGGGAGACUGUAAGCUGAAGCCUGCCCUCAUCUAUCACUCGGAAAAUCCACGAGCAUUGAAGGGCUAUGUCAAGACCUUCCUACCCUGCUAUUGGUAUUCCAACAAAAAAGGAUGGAUGACGGGAAGCAUUUUUAAGGAUUACGUUGGAAAAUUGGAAAAAGAAUUAGAACUUUACUGUGAGAAGGAAGAGAUUCCAUUCAAGAUUCUGCUCAUCUUGGAUAAUGCGCCCAGCCAUCCUCCGUCAAUAGAAAAUUUAUCCAGCAACAUCCAGUUCGCUUUCUUGCCACCAAACACCACUUCAUUGCUUCAGCCAUGUGACCAAGGAAUCAUCAAAACUUUCAAGUCUUAUUAUCUACGUUCGACCCUGACUGACAUGGUUGCGAGGACACAAACAGAUAAGAUGACCGUGAAGGAAUAUUGGAAGCAGUUUACCAUCAAAGAUGCUCUCCGUUUUAUUAAAGAAUCUUGGGAGAAAGUGCCAAGGAAAUGCCUGAAUGGGGUUUGGAAACAGCUGUGUCCUCAAUUGGUGUAUGAUUUCGUCGGCUUUGACAUCAGUGAAAAUAUUUACAAAGCUAGCAAGGAAUGUCUUGUCAAGGCAAAGGAAGCUGGGUUCGAUGAACUUGAAGAAAAAGAUAUUGAAGAACUGCUUGAAUCACACCGAGAGGAAUUGACAAACGAAGAACUCUUGGAGAUGGAGAAGCUACAAAAUGCAGAGUUGGAGGCAGUUGCAUCACGGCCUACAGCACCCACCCCAGAGCCUGAGCGAAUUCUAACAAAAAGUGUCUUGAGGAAGCGCUGUCAUCCAUACGAGGAGCAUUAG